AUUGAAGCUACAGUUCAUGAUACAAUGACGCGUUGGUUGUCCUCUCUGUUCUUGUUUACAAUUUUAACAUGGAACAUAGAAUCUGCAAAAAUUUUAGUGAUUUUUCCAAUGCCUGCACACAGCCAUUUUUCUUUGGGUUUUCGCCUAUCAAAAGAACUAGCCGAUCGAGGACAUCAAAUGACUGUGAUUAAUCCCUACCCUCAAAAAACACCCAUCAAAAACUAUAAAGAUAUUUCGGUUGAAGAAAACGUGGAAUUUAUCGAAGAAUUAAAGAAACAAUUGUUUAAAUUUAACACACUGGGACCUUAUGAUAACAUAAAUGCCGUCUAUGACAUGGGUGUUGAUUUGACUGAAAAUACCUUACAAAAUAAACGUGUUCAAGAUCUCUUAAAAUCAGGAGAAACUUUUGAUCUUGUCAUAAUGGAACAUUUUUUGAACGACGCUGAAGUCGGAAUAGCCCACCAUUUCAAAGCCCCUUUUAUUUUAAUCUCUCCAUUUGGAAUUAGUAGAAUAAAUAACCAUAUUUUAGCAAAUCCAUUACCUUCCUCUUAUGUCCCAAAUCUUUUGGGUACAUUUUCCAAACACAUGAAUUUCUGGGAACGACUUCAAAAUUUCUUAUUAAACAUUUUGACUGAUCUAGUCAGAGAAUUAAGCUUCAUGCCCCGACAACGCAAAAUGUUCAAAAAAUACAUAAAAACUGAUUUAGAACUGGAUAAUGUUUUAUACAAUGCCAGUUUGAUGAUGACCAAUUCACAUGUUAGCGUAAACGAUGCUGUUCCACAUGUUCCUGGCGUGAUUGAAAUUGGCGGAUUUCAUGUAAAUCCCAUAAAAAAAUUACCUGAGGAUUUGCAAAAAUUUUUGGACGAGUCGAAGGAAGGCGUCGUCUUGUUUUCCAUGGGUUCUAAUUUGAAGAGUAAGGACUUACAACCGAAAGUGCGUGACGCUAUUUUAAGAGCUUUUUCAAAAAUUAAACAAAAAGUUUUGUGGAAGUUUGAAACGGACUUACCCAAUGCCCCUAAGAAUGUAAAAAUUAUGAAAUGGUUGCCACAGCAAGAUAUUUUAGCCCAUCCAAAUGUUGUCGCAUUUAUAACACAUGGAGGUUUGUUGAGUACUAUCGAAACGGUCACUCGAGGAGUCCCAAUAAUCGGUAUUCCUGUUUUCGGUGACCAGAAAGCCAACAUUGCUGCUGCAGUAACUCAAGGUUAUGGUGUUAGUGUUCCCUUGCCAGAAUUAUCCGAAGAAAAAUUAUCUUGGGCUUUGAAUGAAAUUUUAAACAAUCCUAAGUACCGCCAAAAUGUGAAACAGCGAUCGAAAUUAAUAAAUGAUCAACCUUUAAAACCCAUUGAUGCAGCUGUUUAUUGGGUCGAACACGUGAUUCGACAUGGAGGUGCUACACACCUCAGAUCUGCAGCACUUGACCUCAAAUGGUACCAACGCGAAAUGGUUGAUAUAUUUCUCUUCUUGGCAUUUGUCAUAAUUGUAACACUCGUUGUAGUAUGUAAAAUUAUCAAAUUUUGUGUUGGUUUGUGUUGCAAACAACCAAAAGUGAGUAAAGCUAAAAAACGCAAUUAAAUAAAUGUUUUUACAAAAAGAUGA